GUUGUUGUAUUGUGUUUAUUAUUGUUGAAUUGCGGAUAAUUUUGUAUUGGUAAUUUUUCUGUGAUUUAUUAAGGGAUACGAACAAUAAAAAAGUAACUUUUACACAGGAUCGGCUCCUGUAUUAUCUUGAGAACUGGUCAGACAUCAACCAUGGCGGAGGCUCCGGAAUCUUCCACAGUGUUCGUGGACGUGGCCUCUGAGGCGAUGUACCCCAUAGCGCCGGAGGCAGUUGAGGAGCCUAAAGCAGAACCUGAUAUGAGUGAAAUCGGACCGCUGCUGGUAGAAAAAAACGCCACAAACACAGCUCGUCUCCGCUGCCCAGACUGCAAGCGGUACACGGCAACCACAGAAGAGAAGAUGCUAAGACAUAUACGUAAGACGCACCGAGGAGAGAACCCGUUCCAAUGUUAUAUGUGUGAUUACUCCACUUAUAAUAAGGUUUUAUUCGAAGAGCAUGUGCGGAUACAUCAAGGCAUAAAGCCCUACAAAUGUUCCUACUGCCCCUACCGCAGUGUUUCAAAGAAGAACACCAAAAAACAUGAGUUAGUUCACCGGCCCGAUAACCCGAGGAAAUGUGACCAAUGUGGCUUCAUAGCCAGGCAUGAGAAAGGGCUCAAACAUCAUCUGCGUAUCCAUGGUGACAAUGAAGAUCUAGAAUGUUCGCUGUGUAAACAAAGUUUCAGUGAUGUGGCGGGCUUCAAUAGUCAUAGGAAGUCGAAGAAAAGAUGCCCAGAAUGUAAAUCGAUGUUCUGCAAAUCGAUAAUAGCGAAACAUAGACAAGAAGCGCACGGCGUGGUCGGAGAGAAGAAAACAAGCAAAAAGUCUUUAACCAAAAAGAAUUUGUUCACUUGCGCUGUAUGCCAGUGGGAGGGGAAUACUAAGCCCAGGAUAUUACUGCAUUUGAUACACCAUCCUGAUCAAGAAGAAGCAAUGUCAUCGAAAAGUUCUAAGAAAACUACAAAUCCCAAUCCUAGAAUUAGACCAUUGGAACCGAUCAUAACUCGAACAAAAUCAGCCCAGCAACGACGCCAACUAAGAAACAAACCAGACAAGAAAACCGAAAAACCGAAACUUACUAAACCUGAUAUAAAAUCGCCUAAAACCAUCAAACCUGUGAUACGUUCGAAAGAGGCUCUACUUAAGGAACCUGUGAAGAGUUCCGUUGAAGAAACAGAACAAGUAGAGUAUUAUCCGAAUAAGUUGAAACGCAAACUUUGUACUAAGAAAAUUAUGUUGAAACCUAAACACAAUUUUAAAGUUGUUGCUGCUACUAAUAAGAGGAAGCUGGCAACACCAAAGAGAGGUCUUAAAUCACCAACCAGCAAACAGGGUUCACCUCGUAACCUCCUUUCACCAAAGAGGCCUAAACAAGUUUGUAACAGCCCGGAACUGACCAUGCAGGACAUGGUGAGACUUGUGGAGGAAACCAGGAGUCUUAGUGAUGAGGACUUCAUGGAGAUCCUGACGUGUCCCAGCCCGGUGUGGUGGGAAGACCCACCUGACGGAGGUUAUGAUGAGGAUUCGAUAUGCACAAGAUCUCCCGAGCGGCUUCCAGAAAAAUCAACACAAGAGACGAAAAAGAGGAAAAUCACCAAAACAAAGCCAUUUAACAAAACAAACAACAAUAUUAUAAACAUAGAACAAAAACCUGAACAAAUAACGAUAAAACCAAUAAAAAAAGACGAACGAUUCGUGCAGAAAAAACUAAAAUUAGAAAAUAUAUUAGGCAAUAUAAAGAACAAAACUAUUAAACCAAUUAGUAAAGUGAAAAACAGUAUAACUGACAACCGUAAUCGAAAAGUUUCCGACAGCGAAGGCGAUAUAUCAGAUCUGAGUUUUAACGAAGAAGAAAUACUGAAAAAUCUCGAAAAUAUGGACAUUCCUAUAGAACCUAAAAUACCUGUAAAUGUUAAAAAAGAAAUAGACGUUAAAGAUAUAAAGAAUGAAAUCACGGAUGUAUAUGAUACUACGUCAAAAAACGAAAAAGUAGUUAGUGAGAAUUUAUCUAAUGUAGAUAAAAAAUCUGAAAUUAAAGAGGAAUUUCAUUGUAAGGUAGUUCAUAAGAACGAUGAUUUAACUAAAUCAUCUAAGUGUGACGAUAAUUUCAAUGUAAAAAGUGUAAAUAUUGAUAAUCAAAGUACUAUAAUUUCAAAUGUACAUGAUAGUAGCUGUAGAUUAAGUAGCAACAAGGACUCGACAGUAAAAGAUCCGAGUUGUUCAAAAAACUUGGAAAUUAUCAAAAAUCAUGAACAAAAUACUUUAGACGCGGAUAAUUCAAAUAAUGACAACUCUAAUGAGAAUCUUUCCAACAAAAAAUGUACUGAUCUAAGCGAAUACAUAACUGUUUAUAAAAUAAUUCCAGAAAAAUCGAAAAGUGAAAUUACACCUGAAAAGGAACCUAAACCCACUUCUAGUUCUAGAAAAACUAAAAUGGACUCUGUAAAAGGAAAACUAAACGAUUUUUUCAAACAUUGUAAAAAUAGUAAACGCGUGAGAAAAAGUCAAAGCCCAGUUCCCGCCAUUCCUUUGACAGAUGUCAAACAGGAAGUCAUAGAUAACGAAAGUAGUGAUAGUAAAAUCGAUUUGGAAGAAAAUAGUCGACUAAAGGAUAGUGAUAGUGUUGUGAAAACCGAAAAUGAGAUGAAAAAUAAUGGCGAGUUAGAAAAGGCGCCAAACUUACAUUGUCAUUCUUGUGAUUUUCUUGCUGAUACUAAAGAAAUAUAUAGUCAGCACGUUUCUUCAUGUAAAGAUCUUGCGAGAUUAUCUUGGAGACAUAAUUAUGUGUUAAAUCAGACUUGAUAAAGCCUACAAUGUUUUUCUUGUUUUUAAAUUAUGUAGUCACUAAAUGGCUAGUCUUUCUGGUAGUCUUGCCAUUCUGAAACUUGGUUCCUAUUGAUUUCAUGAUAAUCGGAAUAUACUGAACAAAAAACUUUUGUGCAUGCGCAAAAGUUAUUCAGGUGAGAAGUGUAAAAUCUAUGAUUGUAUCAACGUAGGUACAGUUGUCGCCAAACUAUUAUGUAAAAUAAUUUUAGGUAUCCGCAGUAAAGUUAAAAAAAAAAAACUUGGAGUAAGAAACCUUUUUAAUGAGUAGGUAUGCCACCUAAACUGUGACUAUAACCAGACUUAUGCUUAUUUCCCGGCCUUUCAAUGGUCAAAUCAACGAUUUGACAUCGGAAAAUGUCUCGGUUAUCGCUAUAGUUAAAUGGUGCAACUCACCACAAGGCAUAAGUACGACGAGUGAAGAGCUUGAAUGUCAGUUAUGAAUCUAGACUUAGAUGUAUAGGUAUUGAAAUAUAUCACUGCCUGCACAGUUGUGAAUAAAUUAUGUUAUUCCUA